CAAAAAGUUAGAUUUCAAAUGCAAAGAAGGUUAGAUAUGGUUCUGAAGGUGACAUAAUGGAAAAACACAUGUGAGAGUUUUUACUUACAAAAAUGUUCAAAGAUCUUAGUUGCAAAGCCCUGAAAAUUUGGUGGGAUUUGUUUUAGUUUAGUUUAGUUUCACUUUUGGUUGUGUUGGGGGUCAGAUAACUCAGAUUCAGUUCAAUGUGCCAUCUCCAACAUUGCUGAGUUCACACUUUAAUGUACUUGGUAUAAAGUGGAUUUGCUGCUGUUUCUACUUGAUUCUUGAUUUUUCUGGUGUAAUUUGAUGCAAAAUCUGGGAACUGGUUUGAAGAUUAACUGCUUAAGUCCCAGUCUGCAGUUUUCUUGUUCAUAUUUCAAGAACUAACCAAAGUGAAAUUUUGAUGGGUUAGCAGCACUCAAUUCAUUCUGGCUAAAAGCCUGGAAAUUUUCUUCUCUCUUCUUACCUACCAACCAUUAUCAGAUUGCUCCAGCAAUUCCUUGUAAAAAUGUUCCUUUUUAUGCUUAUGGCUCCUGGAAUUCUUUUUGGUUGCAAUAUCCUGCAGAACAGGCUUUGAAAGGCUAACAAUACAAGAAGACAAUAGCUCAGACUCUAAUUAAAAUUAUAGAGGAAAUAUGGUUCAAAAACUAGAAGCUAUCAAGGGUGGUGGAGGAUCGGUUAAGGUGGGGACUACUGGGACAAUCAGUUCCCUGAUGACAAGGGAACUGGACUCCAUUAAACCAGCACCGCAGACACCUGCAUCUUUUAGACACAAACCUCAGACAGUUCCUGUAUCAGUUGCCUGUGGUUCUGCUACUCCUAAAAGAUUUCAGUUGAGGAAAUCGAUGGACGGAGCAAGCACCAGUGGCAGUAGCAACAGCAUGAGUUAUAAAAGCCCUCAAACUGCCCAGAAGACAAAAAGCCAUCUUAAAAACGUCCAUCAGAUUCCAAUGCUUGGCUCUGAUAAUAUUGCUUUGGAUAGAACUCCUACCAGACAGAAAAGUGACAAAAAAGUAUCUAACAUUGUUGAAGUUGUGGACAUAAAGUGUGGAAAUCCGGAUAGAGCAUGGGCUAGCCCUGUAACAAAUCGUCUCAAGAAGCUUGGGUUCUCUAAGCUUUCUGAGAGCAUUGUCUAGACCUGCAACUUCUUCACAUCAGAUUUCAGGUUCCUAUAACCGAACCCUGAAAACCCAACUGGCCUGUUCUCUGAAAUUUCCACCAUGGAACACAUGCUUGGUAGGAGCUUGCUGCCUCCUAUCUUCUUCUUCUUCUUCUUCUGAGUUGCUACAACAGGCCCGACAAUUGGUCUGGAGUGACUACUAGAGGAGGCAAAAUCUCUGACAUUGGGAUGAGGCUUCUCUGAGCUAUCUCGGCAGCUCAGUUCCAGCCGGCUGAAGUACUCAAUCUCGAGCAUUACCAAAGAUCCCACAGUGCCUCUGGUGCCUAUUUCGACAGGAGGGUGUGCAGCCAUUUCAUCCGGGACCUUUUUGGCACUGGUUUUUGAUCUAUGCAUGCUUUGUCUGAUAGGAUCCAGGGAAGCUUGUAGAUGAAGAGAGGUUGUUCUUGGUGUUGUUGUCUUGAUGGUGAAAGUUCUUUCAGACUGGGCCAUUUGGUGUUUGGCCUUAUACCUAGUAUCUCCACAUGAGUUCUUUGCCUCAUGUUCUUUAUCUAAAGUGAACAGCGUUAGAUUUUUGUCUGGUUGGAGGAUUAAAUGAUGGCCUGCUCAUUCCAUUCAUGUGCUUGCGGUUAAAACAUUUAAGCUCCUAACCACUCUGCCUCUUUUCUUUUAACUACAUAGGUUAUAUUUUAAUGUUGUUUGGUGCACAGUAGGGUCAAAUUUCCUACCGUUCAUCAGUAUAUAACAGUGAGUUAUGCAGUCAUUUUACACACUAAUUUUGAUUAGGUUCCUGACAUUGUCACAUUCAA